GUAGUGAUGAAACGAAAAUGAUACCAUCAAGACGUUCAGUGAUUUUGAACUUACUAAUAAUUUUGUACUUUGUCAGUCUCAACGCCGUGAAAGGCGACGUCGAAGACAAAGAUGUCAGAAUCAAAGUGGUAAAAGGUGACAGAGGCAAAUGUAGCGCAAAAUUUCAGUUGGAAACCAUCGAGGAAACUUGCAAACAUAAGGAACCCUGUCUCCAAGGACCACCAGGACUACCAGGGGAUAAAGGGCAAAAGGGUGAUAAGGGUGAAAGAGGUGAAGCCGGCGAAAGGGGGAAGUGUGAAGAAAAAGGGACAGAAGAAAAUCCGGUCACAAGUUGCGUUGAUUCUGAUAAAAAUGAUAACCCAUACAUCUUUGCACCAUCUCCUUUCAAAGUAAAAUGUGAUUAUAAUGAUAAUAGUAUUAACUUUAACAAUACCAAGGACUUGAUAAAAAUAGACGAAGUCUACAACACAACCAAAGAGGAACCAUAUUGGCUGUGGCCUGAUGCGAUUGAAACGGACUUUUUUGAAAACUUUUAUGGGUUAGAGAAGUCGCAAGUAUCCCACCUGAUCUCAAUAUCAGACAGAGUGACCCUGAACCUGAUUUUCCACUGCAACAACUUCGAGCUCAAGGACAAUAUCAGGAUACUGUUGUGGGACAACACCCUUGUCGGCCAGAAUCCUACUCCUACUUCGCCCGUCACUUACACUGUGCCUGAGGAUGAUAACAGCUGUAAGAACUUUCGCGAUCCUGAUCUUGAUGACUGGCGAACGGCUACUAUUACCAUAGACACGUGGGCAGGAGUGGCAAAGAACUUUUAUAUACCUGCAAAAACUUCCGAUAAAGAAAGAUUCUAUAUUCAAUUCAAGAAUAUAUAUUUCUAUUUUUGA